GCGACUGAUAGCCGAUGGGCAACCAUAGACUGAAAUUCACAUUACGUAUGGCAACUCGCUACUGACUGUCGGCUACUGGCAAGGCUACUGAGUCUGGUAGCGCAAUUUUCUGUAUUAUGUAUGGCUACCAUCUCUUUUUAUAGUAUACGUAGUAUAUGUAGCAAACGUCAAAUUGAAGCAACUGAUCACCAUCAGUCGCCAUUGUUAUAUUUUGCGAAUUUUGGAGGAGAAAGCUGAAACAAAUUAUGAUCAUGGCAGAAAAAUUGCCAGUGAAAAUUACUAAUAGCAAGCAAUUUGAGCGUUUGGUGCAUUUAAUGCAAUCCAACCCAGGAAUUGCAAGAGGAACACGGACAUUUGGACAAAACAAAAUCCAAAACGACGAACAAUGGGACGCUUUUGCUACGGAAAUAAAUAGUUUCGGCCCUCCAAAUAGAUCUAGAAAAGAGUGGCAGCGGGUAUGGAUUAACUACAAGGCCAAAACCAAGAAGAAAAUUAGUGCAAAUAACCGAAAUAUAAGAACGACUGGUGGAGGCCCAUCAGAGGAGCAAACGUUAUCUGCACUCGAGCAAGUGAUAGCAGAUAUUUUACACACAGACGUAAGUGUAAAUCCACCCGGCAAUGUGUUUGGUAUUGUGGAAAUGGACGAAGACGAACAAAACGUAGAGCCGUCAUGCAGUUCUUCGCCAAAUAUUUCGAUAACUGUUCCAAAAAAAAGGCAAAAAAAAAAUAUUGAAGAAAUGAAAGUGGACAUGUUAAAGUCGAAAACUUUAAAUAACUCGGCUAUAGCACAAAAUUUAAAAAAAAAAUAGAAAAAAAUACAUACAAAAUGAGCAAAUAUGCU